UAAAAUGUCUAAAACCUGUUCUUACAUUUUCCACAUUAUUAAUGCUGCUGUCUUUGAAUUGUCCUUUGAAGUAAAUUAAAUAAAAUGUCUUUUCUCAGAGCCUUCUUGAUUUUUUUUUUCAGAGAUUACAAUUCUGUGGAAAGACAAUCUAUCCAUUUUUCAAAAUGCAGUAUAAAGGAGGUGUGUGGGUCAUUUAGGAAGAACGAAAAUAGCUGAAAGAAAUAGAUUUGUCAUAGAAAUCACCAGCUUUCCCUCUUUUAUGCAUUUUUUCUUACAGUGAGCCAACACUAAGUAUAUUAUACUCCUUGAAGGUGAAUAGUCCAUUUUUGUGGCUAUAACUCAGGAUAUAGGCCAUGACAUCUUCCUGAUAUUUCCUUAGUAUGAAAGAAAAAGAAACCUCCUGAGAGGUAAAUGUAUUGUUUUAGAAUUUUAGUGGCAACCCAGCAGCCUUUCUGCCUAUAGUUAUAACCUGACCAGGUCACAACGCAGAGUGGAGACAAGAGCACAGAGUCUGUGGGGGAGACCAGGUGAGCCUUUAUGAGCACUGGGGUGAAGCUAUAGGAAAAAGAGGCUCACCUGGACCUCCGCUGUGGCAACCAGGCAAUGGUACUACCUGUGUCUGAAAGGCCCAUCAGGACAUGAGAAUAAGUGAAGGUCCUUAAAUUUUGCACUUCACAAAGUGCAGAGCCCCAACCUCAGCCCUUCCAGAGUUGCUGUGAUGUCAAUUGAAUAGUGUUAUCUCCCUCAGCUUCCUGUCCCCAACUGCGGUGUAGCCUUACUGGGUACUGUUCAACAAUGCUUAUGUAGCAGUUUCUAUAAAUAGCUUGUAAAGAGCUGUACAAAACCUUGGGACUGAAAGAAGCUCUGUGUGUGAGAUAGUAUUUAUUUUCUGAAUACCGCCCAUGGAUUUAAGUAAGUGGUGGAGAAUUCUACAAGGGUGCUCAGUGUUGAAUGUAUUGAAUUGUGGGGUGGGGGGUGUUCGUGUUUGCUUUUGACAAAUAAUGAAAAUGUUCUAGGUGUUUUUUUAUGUACUUGAGAAAAAGAAAAGAAAAGGAAAGCUGUUUUGUUCUUCAGGCCUCUUAGUUUGGGUACAAAGUUGCAAAGUAUAAGAAAAGUGUAACAGGCAUGUAAGCCUGUUACAUGUAUUCAUUCUGAAAGGGUAUUGUAAACUACCCUUUGCAUAUAUUUUAUCUUUGUGUAAAGAAGAUGAAAGUGCUCUUAAUUAACCAUUUGGCAAUUUGGUGUUAUUUUUCAUCAAUGGCAAUAUGCUUCUAACGGUUGGGAGGAAGAAGAAAAAGAAAACUACUGUUUGUUUUGACCAGAACUCUACUUCAGUCCAAUUUGACUCAAAGCAUGCACAUAAAGAAGCCAGACUAUGUGACGACAGGCAUUGUACCCGGCUGGGGAGACAGCAUAGAAGUUAAGAAUGAAGAUCAGAUUCAAGGGCUUCGUCAGGCUUGUCAGCUGGCUCGGCAUGUCCUCCUCCUGGCUGGGAAGAGUUUAAAGGUUGACAUGACAACUGAAGAAAUAGAUGCUCUUGUUCAUCAGGAAAUCAUCAGUCAUGAUGCCUAUCCCUCACCUCUAGGCUAUGGAGGUUUUCCAAAAUCUGUUUGUACCUCUGUAAACAACGUGCUAUGUCAUGGUAUUCCUGACAGUCGACCUCUUCAGGAUGGAGAUAUUAUCAACAUUGAUGUCACGGUAUAUUACAAUGGCUACCAUGGAGACACCUCUGAAACAUUUUUGGUGGGCAAUGUGGAUGAAUGUGGCCAAAAGUUAGUGGAGGUGGCCAGGAGGUGUAGAGAUGAAGCAAUUGCAGCUUGCAGAGCAGGGGCCCCCUUCUCUGUAAUUGGAAACACAAUCAGCCACAUAACUCAUCAGAAUGGUUUGCAAGUCUGCCCACAUUUUGUGGGACAUGGGAUAGGAUCUUACUUUCAUGGACAUCCAGAAAUUUGGCAUCAUGCAAAUGACAGCAAUCUACUCAUGGAGGAGGGCAUGGCGUUUACCAUAGAGCCAAUCAUAACCGAGGGAUCCCCUGAGUUUAAAGUCCUGGAAGAUGCAUGGACUGUCAUCUCCCUGGACAAUCAAAGGUCUGCCCAGUUUGAGCACACGGUUCUCAUCACGUCGCAGGGAGCGCAGAUCCUGACCAAACUGCCCCACGAGGCUUGAGCAUCGACCUGAAGGGCGCCUUCCCCCUCAGAUUUGCUGGAAUUCACCUGAAGAACUUUUUUUAAAAACACAGGCGAAAGCCAGGCUGCGCAGUGCUCUACUCAGCACCCAGGCGCGCCCUGGAAAAAACGCGCUGGAAUUUGAGGGUAGUUGAGAUCUGGGAUCGAAAGCCCUGCCGGGGUCGCGCGACCUGGGAGACGAUCCUGGCUGCUGACUCUGCUUCCCAGGGCUGGACGUGCGUGUGAAAGGGCAGUGGGGACGCCCUCGUUUGGAAGACGAGGGAUUCCUAGAGUAACAGGAUUUUCUCUUUCCCUUGUCUUGACUCUGCCCAAGUAAAAAGCUUUCA